CUUCAGUGCAUUCUAAAAUAAAAGUAAACAUACUAAAUAAAUCAAAUCAUAGCUGAUGUGAUUUUAUGUGCCUUGAGCGAGAGUCUAUGUUUGCACUUAUUUUGUUAAUAAAAAUUAAAACAUCAGUUAAUAAAACGUCAGUUAUGACACUAUAAUAGUUUUAUAAGCCACGCCCAUGCGUGCAUCUAUGGAGUAUCUAUUAACUUCGUCAUUCUCAAACACUGUUCAAUAUUGUUGUCUCAUCUACAGUGGUUCUAGACGACGAUUUCGAUGUAUUCGCAAGACAGGCGUAGAAGUAAAGACUCGUGGUCGACGAAGUUUACUACGCACGCAGCGAUCCAAUUGCAACGGCGGCACAAUAACUCCACGUCCAACUGCUAUGAUAGCGCCGCCGCCACCAGUCAGCUGCUCGAAGAUCUGAACCAUAAAGACUCCAUACAACUCAAACGCCUUGUACACGAAACAUUUCCCACGGUACACAUUGCGUGCAUAUAUAUUACUGUAUAUCAUACAUGCAGUUGCCGGGURAAAUGCAUCAUUUUCUUUUCUCUUAUUCUGUUCUCGUUGCCGACCGACGCAGGAAAUCGGGUGAUCAUCGUCUGUGCCGUACUGGUGAACAAAACGCAUCGGGUUUCGGGCAAACACGUCCAGAAGAACUUUAUCGUACCACCAGGCGAUGCUGACACGACCGUGAGCCCCAACGGCCGCGUGUACGUCAAGUACAACGACUACGAUUUCUAUCCACUGUACUUUAUGUACUAUMARCGGACACCGGAACACUUGAAUGAAAGCAAAUAUUUCCGUGGUUACAACCCACAAGGUCAGCAAAACGAUGGGGCGUUAUUGCAGCAGAAAGAGUUGCAAGCGCGACGUGAGCGAGAGGAGGCGCAGUGUCAGCAGUAUAAGCAAGAGCUGCGAGAGCAGGCGGAGCGUCAGCGAGUGCUGCGGUUGCAGCGAGAACUAGAGCAGUUGAGGCAAAAUCAGAGGGCGCAGCGUAUUGCAGACGAAGUCCGCCGACAAGAGCAGGAACAGGAGCAGGAGCACUCCCGGCGGCAAGCACUGCAGGCACCGAUACGGCAGCGCGAAGACAAUAGCAUUUGUCUGAUCCUCUGAUGAUUGUAUUUUUUUUUUCAGUAGUUUUUACCCAACCGUGCGCAACCAUCAUAAAUUUUCCUUUUAUAAAUAUUUUUCAUUUUUUUUUUUCUUCUCCCAUUAAUGGUAAAUCGCCGUAAUCUUUGUUUACCUAUACGUUUUUCGUAUUUUCAUGUACAUAAUAAUUUCAUACAAGUUGCCAUAAUUGCACGACGUUUGUUUGUAUUAUCAAAUUAUUAAUAAAUAUACGUAAAUUAAUAAAUUAAGUUGAU